AGUAACUCUGACCACGACGAAGAUUUAUCGCGAUUGUGAACUAAAAAGGAUCAGGAUCGCAUUCGACGGGUGAAAAAGAAGGGAAAAAUUAGAGCGAACAGGGGCACUCGCACAUCACAUGGAUUUGCUUAUUUCCACUUCUACAACUGCUGAUGAGGAUUGAGGAGAGAGAUAACCGAAAUUUUGGAGGUAAGUGAAUUUGAUAGCGUUCGUUCCAUUUGGAUCCACGAUGGAAUCGUUAUUAUAAUUACGGUGCCUCCUGUAUGGUUGUAAGGCUUUGGCAUUGUUGGUCUCCAUUAUUUAGGUGAUCUCUUACCGGCACAAAGUGGUUGAGUUUUCAUAAAAACAAGAGUGAAGCAUUGUGCAGUGCUUUAUCUUAGUUAUAUCUUGAGUUUCAUUUGGUAGCUAAGGACUAAUUUAACCGUCAAAAAAGGGACCAGUUUGAGGGUUGCAUUCGAAGAUCUUUGAUGGCUGAAAAAGCUUGUGUUAAGCGUCUUCAAAAAGAGUUUAGAGCACUCUGUAAAGAGCCAGUACCUAAUAUAAUUGCUCGCCCCUCACCAAAUAAUAUUCUUGAAUGGUAUUAUAUAUUCGAGGGAAGUGAAGGAACACCUUUUGCUGGUGGGUUUUAUUAUGGGAGGAUCUCAUUUCCACCAGAAUAUCCAUUUAAGCCACCAUCUAUCAGGAUGACGACUCCUAAUGGACGGUUUAUGACUGAUACGAAGAUAUGUUUGUCUAUGAGUGAUUUUCAUCCGGAGAGUUGGAAUCCAAUGUGGUCAGUAUCAAGCAUACUUACUGGGCUACUCUCAUUUAUGUUGGAUAAAAGUCCUACUACAGGAAGUGUCUCAACAACUGCUGAGGAAAAACAACGUUUAGCAAAGGCUUCACUUGCUUUCAAUUGUAAGAUCCCUACUUUCAGGAAAUUGUUCCCAGAGUAUGUUGAAAAGUACAAUCAGCAACGUGAGCAAGCUCAGUCACAGGCAUCGUUAGUGCCCCCACAAGAUGAAUCAUCGCCUUUUAAAUCGGAGACAUCCAAUAAUAACAGGCUAGAAACAGCAGCGAACGUAGAAAAUGGUGACAGGAGAAAUAAUGGGAGGCAAUCCAUCCCGACUUGGAUGCUGUUGUUGCUCCUCUCAAUAUUUGGUUUAGUUAUGAGUUUACCUUUGCUUGAACAUUGAUUUCAUUCCUCAAUCUAUAUUCUGGUUAAGCGAGUUUGAAAAUUUAUAUGUGAGUUGAUCAAAUUAUAAAUCCAGAAUCUGCCAUUUAUGGCGUUUCAUUACCUUAAGAUGUAUCUACAACUUGUACAGUCAAUGGGAUGUUUUUCUGCUUGUGAUUGUGAUUCAUUUAUUUCUUUAUUUGGAAUUGCUGCAUAAGUUGUUGCCCGUCUCA